GACAGAGUGUGUGUGUUUAUCAGGUAAUGAAAACAAACCGCGGCUGACAGGACACACCUGUUUAAUGAAGACUAGCAGUCAGCUUUAAACACGGACAACAGGAUGGUGAGCAGUCAAGUCAAGGCCAAAGGGCCUGAAGACACCGAACACCGCGACUACUCCUGCGGCGGGUCACCGCUGCCAGCAGAACCUCCUUCAGAUGCAAACAUACCGAAUCUACCGAUACCGACCCAGAAAGAGUCAGGGGGCAGUAAAGCCAAGAACAGCUGUCAAACAGCACCCAAAAAACAAAAGUCCACUUCUGAAAAGAAAUACCUCGGAGUCCGAGUGAGAAUGCCAGUACGGGACAUGCUCAAAAAUAUACGGAUAGCCAAGGGGAUUGACCCUAAGGAUCUGCAGGGAAAUCAUUCCAAGGCAUCUAAAGGGAAUAAGAAACGAGUUAACACAGGUGGAAACCUGAGACGUUUUCUGAAACAUCAAACAAAAAGUCUUGAGGAGCUUGCGAUUAUAGUAGAAGUGUUGGAGGAGGAUCUUAAGACCUGUCAGUCACACAGAUUUCCAAACAAAAGCCCUUCAGCUUCAUACUCUUCAGAGUUCUGGGUCGAAGAUGCAUCUCCACAGGGUUUCAUGAACACAAAUGGCCAGGAGAAUGAGAUGCUUUUGUCUCCAAGCUACUCUGUACCAUCUGAUACCUCCCCUGUCCACUCUGUGUCCAGCUCCUACCCGUCCCCGACUUACAGCCAGGGUGCCGAUGUCUUCUUGGGGAAUCAGGAAGAAUAUAGCAGGUAUGAGUCGGAUAACUACAGGUAUGAUGGUUUAUAUGGAAUGAGCUGCUCUGCUGCCAACUCAUGCGAAUACCAGGUGCCCUCCCCACAAGAGUCAUUCAACGCCAGUCCCAACCCAGAAGUCUGGGAGGUUUCCUCUCAAAAGAUGAACUGUCCACCAUGGCCACAUUCUCAGCACGAGGAAUGGAGUGGUAUGACCUUCUUGACUCAACUGGAAAGAGAGGAGAAUCUGCUGAAAGGGAUAUCUGACCAAGAGCUUCUUGAAGUAGAUGAAAACGGAAGAGUUCUUUUACACAGAGUUGUUGAGAAGGGAAAGAGAUCCCUUGUGUAUGUUAUUGCCAGAAGGAUGGCGGCUCUGAAGAAACUAGAUAUCAAAGAUUCAGAGGGAAAGACUCCCCUUCAUCUUGCUGCACAGAAGAAUCUUCACUUCAUGGUGGUUGAUUUGGUAUCACUUGGUGCAAAUAUCAAUGUGAAGGACCGGUAUGGGAAAACAUGUCUUCAUCUCAGUGCAGAGAAUGGAUAUAUUCGAGUCUUGGAGGUCCUGAAAGGUUUAAUGAGAAAUGGCGUAUAUAUUAAUUUGGAGGAAAGAGACGCAAACGGGCUCAGUGCGCUGCAGUGUGCGGCAGUAGCCCUUAACCACACAGUGCGGGAGCUGGAGCUGUGUGGACCUGCAGGAUGGGUCAGAUUGCACACCCUUCGCAAGGAGCAGAUGAUAGAAACAUUAGAGUGCCUCCUUCAAAUGGAGUGCUAUCUACACACUUCGGAUCAGGGUCGAUUCAGUCCAAUGAAAGGAGCUGUUGAUUACAAGCUGUUUAAACAAGCAACCUUCUUUCAGUCAAAUGAAAUCAAGACCAGAAAUGACAUGAUUCAGAAGCGGUUUUGGCUACAUGUGUGGCUGCUUCUAGCAAGAGUUGUUUACUCUGUCAAGCCAGGCAUUGCUGUUAACUGACGGUAAAUGUUUUUGAGUGAAUACAAGCUUUUACCUGGCAUUGAAGACAAAAUGUAUAUGUCACAUGUUUUAGUCAUCAGUAAUUUGUUUUGUGGAAAAGGAGGAUGAGGAUAGUCUUCAAGCCAUGGUAAAGCUAUGUAUUAUGCAACAGUA